GCGCUGACAAGUGGAGUGAUACCGUCCCUGGUAUCGCUACUCGAAAACUACUUCCCAUCGGAAAGCACAGAAGACAGCUGGGUAACCUCUGCUUCAUCUGCCGGGAAGAGGAUAGCAUUCUUUGGCGACGACACGUGGCUUACACUAUUUCCAAACGCCUUUGUUGAAUCGGAGGGAGUGAAGUCAUUCUUCAUUAAGGAUUUUACUGAGGUUGAUAACAACGUCACUCGUCAUUUUGAUUCUGUCCUGAAGAGCCGCAACUGGGAUGUGUUAAUACUUCAUUAUCUUGGAUUAGAUCACGAGCAUUCUCUUGGCAGUCAGUCGCCAGAGAUCAAAAAGAAGCUCGAAGAGAUGGAUGAAAUCGUUCGACAAGUGUUCGUUAUUUGUUUCGGUGGCGUGUGCCUUGAGACAACAUUCUAUACAGGACGCCGCAAUUACGCGUUAAUAAGUUCAUUAUGA